CUUCCGUCUUCUCAGUUUCCACCCAGCACCCCCACCUGCCAGAUCUGAGCCUCCCUGGACCUGGCUAGCUUUGAGUCAGUCCUCAGUCCCUUUGGUUGUAGAAAUCUUCUUGCCCCCAAUGAGAAGAGAGGUGGGUCCAGGUCUCUUGAGAGCUGAGGGCUGAGGGCAUUGAGCUGACGCACACACUUGUGACCUCGUCCACCAAAGACAUCUAUCUGCACCUUCCAUGCGGAGCCAAGAUGGGGAAUGGGACCGAGGAAGAUUAUAAUUUUGUUUUCAAAGUGGUGCUGAUUGGCGAGUCAGGUGUGGGGAAGACCAACCUGCUGUCCCGAUUCACGCGCAAUGAGUUCAAUCACGACAGCCGCACCACCAUCGGGGUUGAGUUCUCCACCCGCACGGUCAUGCUGGGCACCGCUGCUGUCAAGGCUCAGAUCUGGGACACUGCUGGCCUGGAGCGAUACAGAGCCAUCACCUCGGCGUACUAUCGCGGAGCAGUGGGCGCCCUCCUGGUGUUCGACCUGACCAAGCAUCAGACCUAUGCUGUAGUGGAGCGCUGGCUGAAGGAGCUCUACGACCAUGCUGAGGCCACUAUUGUUGUCAUGCUUGUGGGGAACAAAAGUGACCUCAGCCAGGCCCGGGAAGUGCCCACUGAUGAGGCCCGCAUGUUUGCUGAAAACAAUGGGCUGCUAUUCCUGGAGACCUCAGCCCUGGAUUCCACCAAUGUUGAACUGGCCUUUGAGACUGUCCUCAAAGAGAUCUUUGCAAAGGUGUCCAAGCAGAGGCAAAACAGCACGCGGACCAAUGCCAUCACCCUGGGCAGUGCCCAGGCUGGCCAGGAGCCCAAUCCUGGGCAGAAGAGGGCCUGUUGCAUCAGCCUCUGACCUUGGCCAGGGCCAACCCUGCCCCCACCCUGAUGCCACCCAAUGUUCCUCACCCCCACUCCCAUUGUAGGACUUUCCCUGCCCUUUGUUUGCCUGUUCACAGCCCCCCAGAGCCCUAGGGUAUUCAUGCCCAAAAUGCACAUCGCUAUGAUCUGUCUACACCCACAGACUAGGACCCUCAAAUAAAGCUGUUUUGUAUCAAUG